AUGGCAACUCACGAGAAACCUUUGCUACUUUUCACCUCAUUUCCCUUGGCGGGUCAUACGCAGCCGCUCCUCAAGAUCGCCGCCUUCGUCAUCAAACAAGGCUAUGAAGUAACCUUUAUUGCUGCCAAGGAGUUUGAGCCCGCUAUUGUUGCGAUGGGCGCCACGUUUGUCGCAACCCCAGGCGUCAUGGAACUUGUUCCCCCGGACUGGUUUGCGCAGCGAGAGUCCCGUGCAAUCGGUUAUGAGCGAAUACUUUACGAUCACCAGACGGUCAUGAUGAGUGGCAUAGUUCAGAAAACGCAGAUUGUCGACGAUACUCUUGUAGAGAUGAGAGGGGAAAAUCCCAAUCGCCAGAUCAUCAUGGUGCUGGAGACAUUCAAUCAAGGUGUCUUGCCAUUCAAGUACGGCCGACCCCCACCCAGAGGAUUCGACCUUUUCCCCAAGACAAUUGGUGUCAAUACCUUGCCUAUGUAUAUCCAAGGUGUCGACGUCGGGCCAUUCCUGAUGGCUUUGCCGCCCGACUCGACUCCGUCCGGGCGGCUUCGAAAUCAAGCGCUCAAUAAGUUGUACAAUGAGUCGCCCUUCAGCCAAGCCUUGACUCGGGGCUACAAUGAGAAGUACUUCGAAGCUGGGGCCACUAGACUGCCGGAAGGCUUCCCUGGUGAUGCUUGGGUCACCUCCUGGGAUGUGACACUGCAGCUUUGCUCCACAAGUAUGGAGUAUCCAAUGUCAGACCUGCCUAGCAAUGUGGUGUUCACAGGCUGCUUGCCACUUGUGACCCCGGAACCUGCCUACAGGUACCCUGAUUGGUGGUCCGAUGUGGUCGAGAACCAUGCCAAGAAGAAGAUUGUUUUCGUUGCACAAGGCACGGUCGCCAUGAAUUUGAGAGAGUUGAUUCUUCCCACAAUCCUAGGAGUCGCUGAUAGGGACGACAUCUUACUAGUUACCACUCUUGGCAUGAAAGGCGCAACCCUACCGGCGGACUUUGUCGUUCCAGGUAACGUGAGGGUUGCCGACUAUCUUCUUUAUGAUGUGAUCCUGCCAUAUACGGACGUUUUCGUUUCCAAUGCAGGGUACGGCGCUAUCACACAAUCGGUCAUGGCUGGCGUUCCAAUGGUUCUUGCUGGCGAAUCGGAAGACAAGAUGGAGACCAUAAUGAGGACAACAUGGGCCGGUGUUUCAUGGAAUGUCAAGACUCAGACUCCCACACCGGGACAAAUCCGUGAAGGCAUCGACGCGGUGUUGAAGGACUCCACAUUCAAGCAGAGGGUUGUCGAGUUGCAGAAGGAGAAUGAAAGCAUGAAUGCUCUCGCCAGGAUAGAAGAGCAAGUUGUUAAAUUCACCGAAUGA